AAAUACCAUCUAGUUAUGGCCUCAACUACCUAUUUAAAUGACUGUCAUACGCUAAUUUAUGGUAAAUACAUUCUGGCUACAUUAAUAUUGUUGUACCGACCGAAAUUGCUGAGGUCGUUGUUACCGUUAUUCAUAUAAGUAUCGGCAUUAAAUACACCAACAAUAUGCGUUAAAUCGAAUAGCGACGCCGAACUUGUCCGUCCGUCCAUCACCACAGACUGACACAGACUUCGGUAAAACUACUAUAAUAUAAUAUUAUUAUACGUAUACACACACACCGAAAUUUUAUAUUAUGUAUCAUCAUACUGCAGCCGGCCGUAAUACGAAAAUAUGAAUCUUUCCCCGUGGAUGCAACAGCUGUUGAACAAGCCGGAAAACUCUUUCAUGUGUGCCGUCGAUUCAUCGUAUGUCCUUGACAAGUUCAAUCUCGUCGGGUUGGAGGAAAUAAUGCCGGACUACCAGACGGCGGCCCGUGUCGUGCUCCAGCCGUACUCACGCGUCGCAGCCGAUUCCAACGCUCAAUCGGAGGCCGAGUUGUUUUACGGUCUGGUACAUGCCCGAUACGUAAUGACGCCUCGUGGCAUCGCCAAAAUACUUGAGAAAUACGUGGCCGGUUGUUUUGGACACUGUCCGCGAGAUAAAUGCAAACGGUUUUCCGUCUUGCCCAUAGGGCUCAGCGACGAAGUCGGAGCGGACACGGUGAGAAUCUACUGUCCCCGGUGCACGGAAGUGUACGUCCCUCCGGCGGGGACGAAAGGGGCGGCUGUCGACGGUGCAUAUUUCGGCACCGGUUUACCGCAUAUGGUGUUCAUGACACGGCCCGAGUACACGCCGCUGCGGCUUAAUGAUCGGUAUGUGGCCAAGCUUUACGGGUUCCGAGUUCACGAUUCGGCUUACGACUUGCAGCGACACGAGGGCAACGAGCAAAGACGAAGCGUGCAACAGCGUGCCGGCUCCACCUCCGCCGCGAUGACCACCUCCGCUGGCAACCGUGCCAAAAACUCGACCGUCACUUCAUCAAUCCUUGGCACCACUUCCACCGCCCAUCGUUUAACACCGCCGGCCAGACAUCACAAAUUGUAAACAUUAUUAUUAACGCAUAUAAUACAACGUCCGGUUAUUAAAAACGACGAUUAUAUUGUAUAAUAAUAAAAUUCUGUUUUCUUAAAA